AUGGUUCUUCCUCCUCUGGCACUCUCAAAGGCUGAGGUGGCCUUAUUUAUGGUGAAGCGCCAGGCAUCCUGCUCACCAAACAGUACAGUUUUGGGCAGGCAAUGGCUCUCCAUCCGGAAUAUGUGGCCUGUCCAGCGCAGCUGUGACUUCAGAAGCAUGGUCUCUAAGCUGGCAAGCUUUGAGCACUCUAGGUCCAUUGACAGAAAUUUGUUGGGCUGCAUUCUCAUGGCGGCAACCUCCCAGUUCUUUCGGGGACUCCGUAGCAGGGGGUUCAAUCAGAUCAGAUCGUCGUCUGUUUUGCGUCAGAACUGCUGCCACUUCCAUCAGCCCUACAACAACGUUAAUAAACCAGCUGUACGUUCACUUCUAAAUCAGCCUUUGUCAUGUGGCUUCAGGACCUCAGCUGUAGGUCACACUUACUACCUCACACCACCUCAGGUCAACAGCAUCCUAAAGGCCAAUGAGUACAGCUUUAAAGUGCCCGAGUUUGAUGGCAAAAAUGUCAGCUCUGUCAUGGGCUUUGAUAGUAAUCAACUCCCAGCCAAUGCACCUAUCGAGGACCGGCGCAGUGCAGCGUCAUGUUUGCAGACACGUGGCAUGUUGUAUGGAGUCUUUGAUGGGCAUGCAGGGUGUGCUUGUGCCCAGGCCCUAAGCGAACGGCUCUUCUACUACAUUGCUGUGGCCAUGCUGCCUCAUGAGACGCUAGCCGAGCUGGAAAACGCAGUCGAGACCGGCCGUCCACUUCAGCCCAUUCUACAGUGGCACAAGCACCCCAACGACUACUUCAGCCGGGAGGCGUCACGCCUCUAUCUCAACAGUUUGCGCACCUACUGGCAAGAACUGCUGGACCUGAGCACCCCGGGUGAGCAACCAGACGUGGCUGAGGUGUUGGCAAGUGCCUUCAAGCGCCUGGACAAUGACAUCUCACUGGAGGCGCAGGUGGGCGACUCUAACGCCUUCCUGCACUACUGGGUGCUGCGUGUGGCCUUUUCUGGUGCCACUGCCUGUGUGGCACACGUCGAUGGCGCAGACCUACACGUAGCGAAUGCUGGUGAUGGCCGUGCUGUGCUGGGUGUACAGGAGCCUGACGGCUCAUUUUCCGCACUGACUCUGUCCAAUGAUCACAACGCGCAAAACGAAGCGGAGGUACAGCGCCUACGCUCCGAGCACCCGCACGCCGAGGCCAAAACAGUGGUGCGGCAGGACCGACUUCUCGGCCUACUCAUGCCGUUCCGUGCCUUCGGUGACGUCAAAUUCAAAUGGAGCGUCGAACUGCAGCGCCGCGUGCUCGAGUCUGGUCCGGAUCAACUGCAUGAGAACGAGCACGCCAAAUUCGUCCCACCCAACUACCACACCCCGCCGUACCUGACAGCUGAGCCCGAGUUGACGUACCACCGCCUGCGGCCACAGGACCGCUUCCUGGUAAUUGCUUCAGAUGGCUUGUGGGAGACACUGCACAGGCAAGAAGUGGUGCGCAUCGUGGGCGAGCAUCUAACCGGUGUGCGGCAGCAGCAACCCAUCUCCGUAGGGGGCUACCGGGUCACCCUGAGCCAGAUGCAGGGGCUGCUGCAGGAGAGGAAGGCGCGUAUCUCUUCUUCGUUUCAGGACCAGAACGUGGCCACGCACUUGAUCCGCCAUGCUGUGGGCAGCAAUGAGUUCGGCAUGGUGGAUCACGAGAGGCUGUCCAAGAUGCUCAGCCUGCCAGAGGAGCUGGCACGUAUGUACAGAGAUGAUAUCACAAUAAUCAUAGUGCAGUUUAACCCACAUGUCAUAGGGGCACAGCAAAACUGAGCACAAUAUUUGUAUUUUACUUUCUGUCACUGUUUUUUUUUCAGGUACUCAAAUACUGUAAUAUCAGUUUGUCAUGCCGUACGCACAAUAUUUAUUCUGCAAGGUAACUUGUACAUAAUGGUUAUUUGUUUCUGAUUUUCUGAUUUUACUUUUAUCGACACAUCACUGAGGUCAUUGUGGCCAUUGC